UUUUUGGAAUGUUCCAAGUAGCAGCAUCUAUUCUGGACGAUGGCAUUUUUCGAAAUUUUUUUGAAUGCUCAUGGGCUUUUAAACUGGAGUUAAAGAUAUAUACAUAUAUACAGAACAAGAAGCUAUGGAGGAAGAAAAAUUUAGAGGCACGACUGAGAACUGACACACACUGCGUCUCAGUCCCUCCACACUCUCUUGAUUUCUCCCGUUUGCUCUAAUCAUAACCCACCCACGCCCCCACCCUCAAAAAACAAACAAAGAAACACAGCGUGAGUUACAGUGAGAGAGAGAAGAGAAGUUGAUAAAUCGAAAUAUCUCUGUUUCUGACCCAACACUGAAGAUCAAUAGUAUCUGUUUUUACUUCAAGUAGAGAAAACAACCAAAACAUGUUUUCUGAUACUUUGUUUCGUUGAACUUUCACAUCAUCGUAACCCACGUUGCUUGCUUAUUAGAAAGACACUGCAACUUAUAGUACAUAUAUAUUUGGAAUUCAUCAGAAAAGAGAAGCAGGUUUCAGAAGAAUCAGUGUUUAGAGUUUUCCAUCGCUACCUAUAAAGAUUCAAUUGUGAUCAUCAUCUUUAGUACUUUCAGUUCCUGCUUAGACAUUGCCUAGCUCCAUAAAAUUAAGAGAUUCUUGUUUGAUCUUUCUCUUUAAAGGCAUUUUGUCUCAUUACUUGUCUUCUCUACUUCCUCCUCCAUAGCUUCACUUAAAAUGGAAGAACUUUUGCCCCACCAGAAUCCUUCGACAACUAUGGAUAGUGUGGUUUUGGAUAUUGAGAGCUUGAUUCAGUCUUCAGAUAAAAAUUCUGGAAGCCCAAAAAUGACAAGGGUGCUAGCUCGAAAACCCUCUUAUAGGAUGGAAAGAAAGUGUGGUGCUGAGGAAGAAGAGAUGGACUUGCCAUCGAAGAAGCUCUUAAUAAAAGUAAAUUCGCAUCUGGAACCAUUAAUCACAAUUAAAGCUGCACCUUCAACUUCCCCAACCAAACUUACAGAAAUGAGCGAUGGAAGGACUACUAAGCGAUUCAAUCGUUUUAUAAAUCCAAGGAAGAUUCUUCUCAUGUUUGCAACUGUGUCUAGCAUGGGCACAAUGAUACUCAUAUACUUCACACUUGCCAUGAACAAAAGUAAUUGAAAACUCCAAAAGUUAGGUGCUUGAAUAUCACCAUAUUUAUUGUUUAUAUGGAGGAAGGUGAUGGAUCAAACAGAAAGGAAUCCCAUCCUUUUUUUUCUUUUCUUUUCUUUUCUUUUCUUUUCUUUUCAUUUUGUUAUUGUUGAUCUACAUCUUGGGAAAAGGUUGAGUUUUGAAAUGGGGUCACUAGCAUCUGUCCAUAGCAGAAAAAGAAAAAGAAGAAAAAACAGAAGAGAAGAGAAGAGAAUUGUUUAAUGUGUAUUGAAUUGCUAAACCUCAGGAAUUUAAAGUUCCCUUCUGAUCAAAUGUUAAUUUAAAAUGAAAAAUAUAUGAAGGAAAAUUUUCUGCUCCUGU